GCUGUCUGUAGUGCAAUUCUUCACCCUCUCAUCAGGGACCAUGAUGUGUUAUGGAGCUACGAUGUACAGGUUCACCGCGGGAGCAGGGAAUGCAGAUAGAAGUUCACCUUGAGCUGGAGUCCAGGUGGACCUUUGGGACUACAACAAAGCAAGAACAACAGAGAUCUGAUCUGACAACCUGCUAAGCCUAAAGUGGCUCCAGAGUCUCUAACUUUAUUAGACUUAAACCAAAACAUCUGACAGAGAGGCUCUAGACUACCAGUCCAGGACUAGAAUUCAAUCAGGUUCUUGGUCCAGCAGAAGCUUGGCCAGCUGUCUCCUAACCUGACAGCAAACAGAUCUAAGAUUGCAGCAUCCACAGUUCACCCUGGAGCCCCGCAAAGCUACAACCAAGCAGGUCCUGCAGCCCAGGAACCCUGGAGCUGGCCUGACCUUGGACCGGCUGUCACCUGAACCCCUUUUGGCUCCAGCAGAAACGUCCGGCAUGUCUCAGACCGGAGGACGGUUCCACAACAAGAAGGCCGGCAUCCGGGCCGCCGUGAUCUUGAUCGGACUCCUGCACAAGUCUCGCAAAGCCAAGGAGAAGGAGAAAGAGAAAGAAAAAGAGGAGAAUGAAGGGAAACAAGAGCUGCUGAACAUCUCCAACGUCCCUCUGGGAGAAUGUCCCCCCUCACCGCCCCGCACUGCACCGCCCAGCAUGAAGUCUGCAGAGUUCUUCGAUAUGCUGGAGAGGAUGCAGGAUGACUAUAUUCCCUACCCACGGAUAGAAGAUGUCCUGGAGAAGGGUGGGCCAUACCCCCAGGUAAUCCUGCCCCAGUUUGGGGGUUACUGGAUUGAGGAUGUGGAGGCACCGGCAGGGACCCCUUCCUCCUCAGAGUCUAGUUUCUGUGAGGAGGAAGACCGAGAAGAGGGCAUGAGCCCUGGUGGGGGGCACAGCUACCGCCUGGAGUGUAACAGCACAGCCCGCGCCUACCGUAAACACUUCUUAGGCAAGGAACACAUGAACUACUACUGCACUGGCAGCAGCAUAGGCAACCUCAUCAUGUCUCUGAAACACGAGGAGGCUGAGGGACAGGAGUUCUUACGCAUCAUGCUCAGGUCAAGGACCAAAACAGUUCAUGACAGGAUCUCUUUAGCAGGCAUCAACCAGCUGCCCAGUGUACCUCAGAUUGCCAAGCUUCUGUGUGAUGACGCCACAGGGCUGAAGUUCAACCCAGUCCUGUACCCUCGGGGAUCCCAUUUGAUAGUGGCUUAUGACGAACAUGAGGUGAACAACACCUUCAAAUUUGGAGUCAUCUACCAGAAGUUUGGGCAGACAUCAGAGGAAGAGUUGUUUGGGAACAAUGAGGAGACACCAGCUUUCAAGGAGUUUCUCAGUAUUCUGGGCGACAAUAUUGAACUUCAGGACUUUAAAGGGUUCCGGGGUGGGCUGGAUGUGUCCCAUGGACAGACAGGGUCUGAAUCUGUCUUCACUGUCUUCAGACAGAGAGAGAUUAUGUUCCAUGUGUCAACCAAGCUUCCCUUCACUGAGGGAGAUGUCCAGCAGCUCCAGAGGAAAAGGCACAUAGGAAAUGAUAUUGUGGCCGCAGUCUUCCAGGAAGAGCCCACACCGUUUGUUCCAGACAUAAUUGCGUCCAACUUCCUGCAUGCUUAUGUGCUGGUGCAGGCUGAGAACCCGUGUACAGAUCACACAACAUACAAGGUGUCUGUUACAGCGAGGGAGGAUGUUCCUCCUUUUGGACCCCCUCUCCCAAACCCAGCGGUCUUCAAGAAGGGUCCCGAGUUUCGAGACUUCCUGCUGACAAAGCUGAUCAAUGCUGAAAACGCCUGCUACAAAUCCGACAAAUUUGCCAAACUAGAGGGGAGAACGCGAGCUGCACUGCUGGACAACCUCCACGAUGAGCUGCACAGACAGAGCCAGGCCACGCUGGGUCUGGGCCAGGCAGGAGAGGAGGACAAGCUGGAGAACGGGGGACACGGGGGUCUGCUGGAGUCCUUCAAGAGAGCCAUGCGUGUCAGGAGUCACUCCAUGGAGACCAUGGUGGGGUCUCACAGGCACCGCAGCCCCGGGGUAGGAGGUGGUGUCCCGGCCAGCCUGAGCGGAGGGGGGCUGCCGCAGAGCGCCAGCGAAUGCACAAAGAGCACCUUCACUCCUCCUGUGUUGUCAGCCAAGUCUCCUCUGAAGAGCCCAGUAAAACGGCGCUCAGGCCUCUUCCCUCGUCUCCACUCCAGCACAGAGUCCCCCUCAGAUAAACACACACGCAGCGACCAAAAGCCUGCAGAGAUCUGCCCGCUGUCCCAAGAAGUGAGGUCAGAGACGUCGUCCAAUCCCAGCUCACCUGAGAUCUGCCCCAACAAAGAGAGGCCAUUUAUCAAGCUGAAGGAGUGCAGCAGCGGCAGGCCGAACAUAUCUCGUUCUUCAUCCAGCACCAGCAGCUUCAGCAGCACCACGGGAGAAACAGAAGCUCUGGAAGAACUGGAGACUAUUAGCCACCCCUCUAUAGCGUCCUCCUCUGCCUUUAGUCCUUCCCUCAGUGUCGACAGCCAGGGAUCAGGUACCCCCGUUAUCAUGUGCCGCAGUCCAACAGAUGGGAAAAAUAAGACGUCACCAAGGUCAAACUUGAAGUUUCGCUUUGACAAAAUGAGCCACUCAUCCACAGCAUCUGAGUAGCUUUGUGGAAUGGAAAAACCAGACUUGCACAACAAAGGGACAUCACGGGCUGAUGGAGCUGCAAAAAACAAAACAAAACAAAACAAAAAAAAGAAACAAACUAAAAUCACCACAACAACUACAUAAUCACUGUAAAACCACUUCCCUAAAGCCAAGGAUAAUCUGACAAGAUUACCAACUGCAACAGUGCUCCAUAAACUGACAAUACUGUGAGUGUAGAGGGAGGAGAAACAGGAGAAAAAUUUAUUUUUAACCAGCCUUUAGCUAAAGAAAUUAGUCAAUGUUACAAGUUGCUACAUCUCAGUUGUUAAUAGUUCACAUAAUAUGAAAGUCUUGGCAUGGCUGUAAAACUGUGAGUGCAGGCCGAGCUAGACUCUGCCUCAGCUUCUUCUCAAGCAUCUUGUUUAAUAGAGAGAUACAGUGGUUCACACGAGUGAGUGGUGAGAUAAGACUAUGGCCGAACUUUAUCUAGUGAACUGCUGAUUUCUCAGUGGUCUUAAGGACCACUGCUUACUCAGCAGUGAAAGAACUGUCACCAAGAUGUUCUUUUUGCCUUUGGCCUUGAACGGUACGUCUAGCAUCAGUUCCUCUUUUUCCUAAAAAAAAAAAAAAAAGAAAGUACGCAGAUACACAAACUCACAAACACACACAUGCACAUGGACUUCAUGUACUGUGGACUUACAGUAGCAAAGCCUUGAAGGUGGCAACACUGGGAGUCUCAACUUUUCAGUGUAGGAUCUGAACUUGUUCUUUGCAUAUAAAAAUGCUUUUCUAGAGAACAUGAUUUAAAAAACAAAAGAGAAAAAAGCAUUUGCAACCUUGCUAGCUGCUGCAUUGUGUCUACUGCACUGUAAACACAAGACAUUGCUGAACUUCAGUCGAUACCUAUGACAGCAUUUCUGUAUCUGUAAGGGUUACUUCAGAUCCCUGAACUCAAGUGCUUGGUUAAUGGAAAUUAGCUCACAUGGGGCACAGUAGGAGACACUGCCACACAUUUGCCAUAAGCUUAUUUUAGCCAAAGCUGCGCCUUACAAUCUAUCAAAAGCUCUUUUCACCACUGAUGCUCUCUCUCUCUCUGUCUCUCUCUCCGUCUCUCACUGUGUGAGAGGACGAGAAUCUUCUGGAUCUGGUUACAGCACAGUUGUGGGUAGCCGAUCAACACCCACAUUUGCCGAAAAUAGACGUUGCACUUACUGAGAACAUUUCACCUUCUGAUACCUCCCAUAGAAGCUUGCUAGCUCUGUGUAUCUGUGUUUCUGUUUGGUGGAACUUAUGAACAGGACAGUCUCCAAGUUUUCUAAGUUUCCCAGCAUUUGAGCUGAUGACAAUGACUUGAAAAAGAUGAUUCAGGUUACAAUGAACCUUUGAACCACCUUUGGCAAAAACACUUUGAAUGUGAACUUGGAGCUUUUUUUUUUUUUGUACUUUUGAUUUUAUGCUUUGUUAGUUGUUAUUACUAAAGUCUCUUAGAAGUAAAAUGCAAAGUCGGUUGCUUACAAGCACAACAGGACAAUUGGUCUACUCUAGUCCUCAACUGUACCAUAACAUUAGCCUGGAGCUGCACAAACUGGAGUUAGCAGGGAUUGUGUCAAUCAAGAAAAAAGACACACAGAUGUGUUUCCUAUGUGACCAAACUGGCAGAUCUCCAAACUGUUGAUCUUCAAAAGUUCUUUGAGGAGUACUUUUCGGAUACAACUGGACUAGAAGCAGAAGUGAUAACUGAUAACACUGUUCUCAGUAAGCGUAGACCAGUAAUUACCUCGAGUAAGGAAAGCAGGAAAAGAAAUCCUCCAGGCCGGAAGUGGGAAGCUCAGAUGUUAUUUAGUUUGUAGCAGGUAACGCCCUACAGCCUUCUCUGUUAAUACGCUUAAUUUAUUAAAACGAUAACUUCUUUUGCAUUGAUGUCAUGUAAAAAUGUAAGUGCAGAGUACGCUAAUUCAUAAGGUAAAACGAUUAAAGGAAAUAUAUUAAUUUAAAAGAUGUCUAAACAUGUAUAUGUAUAUUUGGUUAUGUAACGUGCCAUUGAGAAUUUAUUCUAAAAUAAAAUGUUGUAUUUU